AAUUGAGUUUAAACAAUAAGAGGAAAUAUUCAACAAGCUGUUCAUUUUAUUAAGCCUCCACAAAGCAACACAUCGCUCUUUUUUCUCUAUUUCUAUUUUCCUUUGUUGAUCUCUCUCUUCUACGGCUUAAUUUCUUGUAUUUCCCUUGCUGGAUUGAAGAAAGAACCAUGCCUGUCAUUCGAGAGGCUGCUCUUUCUGCGUUUUUUCAGCUGUUGUUUGACAAGUUGGUCGAUACUGCACUCAACUUUGUUACAGAUCACAAGCAAGUUAGCAAGCAGCUCAAGGAGUGGGAAUCAAAGUUGCCAGAUAUCCUAGCAGUGCUGAAUGAUGCAGAGCAUAAGCAGAUCAAGGAUGAGCUCGUGAAGAAGUGGUUGGCGGAUCUCCAAGACUUGGCUUACGAUGCGGGUGACAUCUUGGACGAGUUUGCUUAUGAAGCUUUACGUCUCAAGCUCCAACAAAAAACUCAAGCUCAAGCCAGCAGGAGUAAGAAACGGAAAUUCUCUGCAACUUCUUUUACAUUUUGUAAUGAGAUGAUUCCCAAGAUAAAAGAGAUUAACUCUAGACUGGAUGGUUUGGAAAAUCGAAGAAGUAUAUUGGGCUUGACAAAGACUUCUGAAGGUGCAAGCUCCACGAGGAUGAAAACAAGGCUGCAACCCACUUCUGUGAUGGAUGAAACUGUUGCUUAUGUUGGUAGAGACGAUGAGAAGCGAGAAAUACUCGAAUUGCUCAAAAGUAAUAACGGCCCUGAAGAUGGAGUUUCUGUCAUUUCCAUUGUUGGCUUUGGAGGGAUGGGUAAGACAACUCUUGCUCAGCUUGUUUACAAUGAUGCCAGCAUACAACAUUCGUUUGAUCACAAGGCCUGGGUAUGCGUCUCUGAUGACUUUGAUGCCAUGAAGAUAACAAAGUCAAUUUUAAAAUUCAUCACUCCUUCCGAGGCAUGUGAUGACAAUGACUUUGGUUUGCUUCAAGUCAGGAUAAAGGAGAAGUUAUCUGGAAAAAAAUUCUUGCUUGUUUUAGAUGACAUUUGGGAUAUGAGUUACAAUGAGUGGACCAUCUUACGGUCUCCAUUUGGGGUAGGAACAAAAAUUAUUGUGACAACUCGCUUUCAAAGUGUUUCAUCUAAUAUGGUUACUGUGAAAGCUUUCCACUUGGAUAAAUUAUCACAUGUUCAUUGUUUAUCUAUAUUUACUCAACAUGCAUUAGGAGCAAGGGAUUUCAAUGGACAUCUCGAAUUUAAAGAUGUUGGCGAUAACAUAGUGAAGAGGUGCGGCGGCUUACCUUUGGCAGCAAAAGUCAUCGGAGGCCUAUUACGCACAACUAGAGAUUGGGGUGCAUGGGAAAAAAUAUAUGAGAGCGAGAUAUGGGAAUUCCCGGAAGAUCGAUGUGGAAUAGUUCCAGCUCUGCGAUUGAGCUAUUGUCAUCUUCCUCCGCAUUUGAAACAAUGCUUUGCAUACUGCUCUAUACUUCCUAAAGAUUAUGAAUUUGAAGAAGAAGAAAUAAUCUUGUUAUGGAGAGCAGAAGGCUUACUACAACAGAAAGCUGGCAGUCAAUGUGGAGAUUUCGGUAGCCGAUGCUUUCGAGAUUUAGUGUCAAGGUCAUUUUUUCAAAUGUCUAAUAAAGGCAAGUCUUUGUUCGUAAUGCAUGACCUUAUCAACGAUUUAGCUCAAUUUGUUGCUGGAAAGAUAUGCUCCAAUUUUGAAGGCAAUAAACAACGGGAAAUUUCAUGUCGCACUCGACAUUUAUCUUAUGUUCAAAGUCCGUAUGAUGGAGUGAAGAAGUUUGAAGCAUUUUAUCAAGUGGAGCAUUUGCGAACCCUUCUACCAUUCAGGUUGCAACCGCAAUUUCCUUUUUCUUAUUUGACCGAUGAUGCCCUUCAUAAGUUGUUGCCUAGACUUUCAUGCUUAAGGGUGCUUUCUUUUAAGGGGUAUGUCAUCACUGAGUUUCCUGACAUUUUUGAAAAUUUAAAACAUCUACGUUACUUAGAUUUUUCUGGCACUCAAAUAAAAUGUUUACCUGAUUCUCUAUUUACCCUUUAUCAUUUGGAAACUUUGAAAUUGAAAUGGUGCGACAAACUUGAGAAAUUGCCUCUGGAGAUAGAAAAUUUGGUCAACUUGCAUUAUCUUGACAUCAGGGGUGCACGUUUAAUAAAAAGGAUGCCUUCAGGAAUUGGUAAACUAACCAAUCUUGAAAGGUUAUCUGAUUUUGUUUUAGGCGGAGGUGAUGGUCAUCUUAUAAAAGAGGUCGAAAAUUUGUCAAAUCUCAGGGGUGAAUUUUGUCUUUCAGGAUUGGAGAAUGUUGUUAAAGGUCAAGAUGCUUUGGAAGCUAAGUUAAGGGAAAAGUCAGAGAUUGAUAAGUUGGAAUUAAAAUGGAGUGGAGACUUUGGUAAUAACAUAAGGAAUAAGGAAGUGGAAGAAGAGGUGUUGAACUUUCUUUGUCCUCAUAAAAGGAAGCUUGAGGAGCUCAGCAUUGAGAAUUUUGGAGGUGCAAAAUUCUCAGUUUGGAUAGCAGAUUCUUCCUUUGUAAAUAUGUUGUCUUUGAAGCUCAUCAAUUGUAAAAAUUGCAAAUCACUACCAUCAAUUGGAAAGUUGCCGAGGUUGAAAAUUCUUUACAUUAGGGCAAUGGAUGAGGUAAAAAAAAUUGGUGUUGAGUUCUUUGGAGAAAAUCAACCGAAUGCAUUUGCUUCAUUGGAGGAUCUGUGUUUUGAGGAUAUGCUAAACUGGAAGAAUUGGGACUCUUGUGAAUGUGAUGAUCAAGUUUCGAAAUUCCCCAAGCUUCGUCAGCUUUCAAUCCUACGGUGUCCUCAAUUGUUGGGAAGACUGCCUAACUGUCUUCAUUCUUUGCAGAGACUUGUAAUUCGUGAGUGUCAGCAGUUGGUAGUUUCGAUUUCAAGUCUUCCAUCGCUAUGUGAAUUAGAAAUACAUGGGUGUGAAGAAUUGAUGCAUAGCAAUUGUGUGGACGUUACCUCAUUGAAAAGAGUCUCUCUUUCAGGCAUUUCAAAGUAUGGUAUUCCACCGGAGAGGAUAGUGUCCACAUUGACUAAAUUGGAACUUUUUAGCGUUGCUGGUUGUAAGGAGUUGGCACCUUUAUCUCAAAAUGGGUUAGGAUUCCUUGGGCAUCUAAGCUCCCUUCGCGAGAUUGAAAUUUCUGACUGCCCCCAACUGGUGUCCUUAGAGACAGAGGAGGUGAACGAAGAGAAAUUGCAACUUGAGAAGAUUUCCAGUAUUGAAUCUCUGACAAUAAAAGACUGUGAAAGGCUUAAUAGACUACCAAAAGCCUUGCAUAGUCUCACAUUUCUUGCAGAGAUUCAAAUUAGAAAGUGCCCAAGCUUGGUUUCUUUUGCAAAGAAUAACUUGCCGCCUGCUUUAAAAAGGCUGUUGAUUUGGGAGUGCGAUAAUUUGCAAUAUUUGGUGGAUGAAAGAGAAAAUAAGAGUACGAGUAACGAAUGUCUUCUUGAGCGCUUGGAAAUUAGAGGCUGUAAGUCUCUAAUAUGUUUAUCAUCAAGGAGUGAUUUUCUCAUUCGGCUUGGAGAUCUCAGGAUUGAUUCUUGCCAAAAGCUGACUUCCUUAUUUUUUGACGCCGCGUUACCUGUAACGCUUAAACUGCUACAAAUUGAUUCUUGUCCAAAGUUGGAAUGCAUAGCCCAAGAAUUUCAUCAAACCACUUGUCUUGAAUCUAUUCUGAUCCUUGGCUGUAUAAGCAUUAAAUCUUUACCGCGAGGAUUAGACAAGCUCAGCCAUCUUCAUCAGAUUCACAUUAGCUGCUGUCCAAAUCUGGUUUCUUUGGAAGAAAGUGGGUCGGCCGCCGCCAACAUUAGAAUCUUCUCAGUCGAGCGUUGUGAAAAUUUUGGAGCCCUUCCCAGUUGCAUGAAAAACCUCACAUCCCUUCAGGAGAUUCGUAUUGGCUCGUGUUCGGCUGACAUAUCCUUUCCGGCAGAGGGUUCCCUUCCAACCUCACAUACCUAGAAAUCUCCAAAGCACCCAAAAUUUGUAGGUCACUUUUUGAAUGGGGAUUGCAUAGACUAACCUCUCUCCGAAAACUUCUCAUCGGGGGUGAAGGAUGCUCAGAUGUAGAGUCGUUUCCA